AAACGAAAAAGCGGUUCUCUCGGUUUCCUCGCCGCUAUGGUUCCCUAGGACCCAGUACCCACUUCGCGGCAGCAGCCAUGUAAUCGUAUGCAUCCAUGAAGCUGAUCGCUUGGCUGCCGGGUUUUUAUUCUGCGACGCUUCCGUGCAACUGGGUCCGUUGCCACUUAUGCCCACCAUGGCACCGUCAGCCCGAAUCGCCGCUGCGCCGGCCUGAAGACCCGGCGCAGCCGUAUUUCGUAGCCACGACGAGCCCUGGGCAACCGCCGACGCUUGGUUAGCUUCGCCGCCCGCCCUGCUUGUAAACAUGGCGGACGUCUCUGUCAAACCAGAGCCAGAGGAGGAAGUGGCAGCCGUAGACACUGCAGAUGCCACAGCAGCGGCUGACCUGCAGACGACACCGGCGCAGGCAGCCGGGCGCCGUACACGCAAACCCGUCCAGCCUUUGGGGGGCGUGGUGACGCGAAGGACCUCAGCUCGACAGGUAGCGUCGUCGGCAUCCCGUGGGAGCGCGGCAACCGAAAGCAGCAACAGCACACCGCGACAAGGCGCACGCGCAACGCGGCAGGCGGGGCCUCGCACGCGAGCCACACCCGCCGCAGCCGCGGAGGCGGAUGCACAGGCCGCCACCAUGCCGCAGCGGGCUAGCGGCCGGGGCACCUGGAAGCGCAAGAAGUCUGACGCGGAAGAGCUCUCCACAUCGGAGCCUGAGAUGGAGCAUGACGACUCCGAUUCUGAUCCGGUGUGGGUGCCAGAUGCGACGACAGGCAGCAAAGGUGCGGCUGGGGCUGACGCGGACUCGCCAACAGUGGCGAACGACAGCGCAGAGCCCGUGCCAAAGGUGGCGCGUCGCGGGAAGCCGGCGAAGGCGAACAAGGCGAAAGCUGGAGCGCGGAAAAGCGCGGUAACAACAGUGAAGAAACCCAACGGAGCUUCAAAGGGCGAGGCUGGAGCAGGAGGAGGAGGAGGUGCGGCCAAAGGAGGGAGGCGCAGCACUGUGCGCAAGACGGAACCGGCGGCAAGCAUCGACCUGGGCAGCGGCGUUGCAUCACCAGACUCACUUCAGCUCAAGGUGGAACUGCCUGGUGAAAGCGAAGAGGGCGGCCUCAGCGGUGGGGUCAAGCGGGACUACACGCGCCGGCCCGCGACCAACACCAGCUCGUGGCGGACGCCGGUGCCAGUUGUGGUGACGGAGCCGGGCGCGGCCAACACAUCUGGAGAGCUGCAGCCGGGCGACUACAUCAUCGCAGUGGCCGACGUGCACCGUGCACGGCCACCCAUCUGGCGCAUUGAGGGACGGUCGCUGCUGCAGCGCUUCGAGGCCCUUGAGACCGGCGAGGAGACCCUCCUCUACCGAAACAGCUCCUCCUUUUCGGCGUGGAACCCGCUGGAGCAGUCCAAGUAUGCCAACAUCUCGGUGCGGGUGCACUCCAACAGCCGGUCAGCCACCGUUGUCGAAGUGCUCGAGAUCCAUGCCAGUCCCAGCUCCAGCCUCACCAAGAAUGGUGGUAUGGAAGCCAGGCCCACGGCAUGUGGGGACCAGCAGCCCAACCUGGAGGAGAAGUUUGAGGUGUACCUGCAGACGCUGCUGAGCCACGUGCUGGACCCUAACUUCCUGGCCGAGGUGCGCCGCGAGAAUGACGAGUAUUUCCUUGCCAACCUGCAGACGGUAGACGGCGAGAACGAACGCCGCAGCGCCCAGAUUCGCAACGGCUUGUGGAGGCCCGAUCUGAUGGCGGCCAUCGCCGCAUACUCUGACCUACGUGUCACCGACCUUCCUCUCGGUCAGAAGGCUGCGGUGGCCAUUAAGAACGAGACCCAAAACCCAGCGGGGGACGAAACUGUGGUGAAGAAGGAGAUAGUCGACAAGCCUUGUGAGGGAUGUGGGGAAGGCAUAGCCUCGCGGUUGGCCGAGUUCUCUGGCGAGCCCUAUGACAAGAUGGACCUCUGCCUGGAGCCCCGCUGUGAGGACAGGCCCGAGGCGCGUAGCUUCCAGCUGUGCACCUCCUGCGCGAGUCCCCUUCCUACCUACAGUCAGCUGUACCACUACAAGUACCACACCUUCAAUCGAUGCAGGGAGAAGAUCGAGCGCUUGAAGGAGGAGCAGAAGGUGACCGAGUCACAUAUCAUCCUCGAGCGUUGCCUGCAAGACGACACUUGGGUCAACCAGAUGUAUGCCAACCUGCAGAAGCUGUGGCGGACAUGUGCACUCGGGUCCAGUUGACCGGCUUAUUCAUCCACCGGCUGCCGCCGGCUUCCCUGGAUUUCCCUGUCCGCUGUCGUCAUCACUCCCAAGGCCUCCUUCAACGACACACAGCACAUGCUUUUUGUGUACAGUCAUUUCCUUUUUUUUUCUUUGUAUUUUCACUUCUCUCAUGCCACCCUCCGUUUCCCUGGGAAAGAGGGAAGCUUUCCCCUGGAGCUUCCCUCGUGGCCCUAAUUUUUUCGCCCUGCUCUUCCCAUUGUCGUCCGUGUAAGCGUCACUGUCCUUCAUCUUGGUAGAAGCAGCACCUUGGUUCUUGCCUGCCCCUUGCACAAUUUCACUAACAGUAAUGACUGCUGAUGAUCCACGCUGCAAAGUAAUGCACUCUAAGUGAACGUAAAGCAGUGACCCAAGCUUGACUCUUUAAGCAAUGACUCUUCAAGGCUUGGGAGCUGGAUGUCGCAGGGCUAGUUGAAUUUUUAUUGCGAGCCAGUGCAAACAAGGGACAGACUUGAACUUAUGUAAGGACAGCCCUGUUCACUUGGGUUUUUGUGGCAGUCUUCCUUUGAGAAUAAGUUCUGCAGAAACUGAUUGGGUUCAGCCUUCAUUCCUAUCUUGUUUGUGUUGCGUUCCUCUCAUUGUGUACUUCUGUCACGCUGCAUUUAGUCAAGACGCAAUGUGGCAGCUGUGGCCUGUGCUUUGCAUUUGGCACACAUUGUUUGUGUGAUCUGUGCUCUAGUUUGACUGGAUGGCACAAAUCAAUAAAGUGGGAUGACACCAAAAGAUGUCUUGGGAGGAGUAACUCUUCUUUAGCAUCUGUGCAAGUUGGUGGUCAGGUUAACGUGACACAAAGAAACGAAAAACUGAACAAAGGAGGUGGUGUGGAUUUAACCUGGUGUUGUGUUUGGAACACCAAUACCAAAAGUUCAAAAGGUAUGGCAACUUCACUGUUUGUUUCACCACUUCAAGAAAGUGGCGCCUGCAUCAUUUGCGCUUGCAAGAGCUAGUAGAUUAGAUUAGAUUGCAGUGCCUCCUUCCUUACGCAGGAAGGAGGCACUGGGCUUAUUGUGCAUGAGCACAAGAAAGUCUGAGAUUGUAGCUGCUGGGAACCAGUGAACCAGGGACUAGUUAUAUUUUGUGCUGAUCACUGUCUGGGGGAGCUUCACUUCUGUGAGAUGCAGCAUCUAGUACAGUGCCUCACUCGAGUGAUAUCCUUUGUGUUCGCCGAUUCUCACAGCCUCCAAGAUUGGAUAACUUCAAAAGCAACUCUUGGUUACAUCACGUGAUCUCGGAGACCAUGUCUGGCUUGAUCCAGUGAAUGCGCAUCAAAAGUGAUGCCCCUGCAAAACGGUGGCGAAGUAUACUGCUCAUGGGCCGAAGUCCAAGCAGACCAGGGCAACAGAAGUGGCGUGGUUGCUGUCUUUGUUAGCCACUAGUCGGUGCCAGCUUGAAACAGGUGUCAGAGCCUCCCAGGUGUUCGUGACAUUGGGUGUCUGCACCACAUUUGAGUUUGGUCACUCAAGUGUUUCUGGAACAAGGCACAAAAUGCUAAGGGUGUGUAUCCCCCUCCCCUUGUUUUUGUGGCAUUCACUCGUGUCUGCAAGGACCAGCAGUGGUGUGCCUGCUGCAGUUGUUUCUGACACCUAGAGUCGAGCACCCUUCCGCUCCGCUUUCUUCAUCGCACAACACUCCUUAGCCUUGCUCCUCGCACUCUUGGAAGGCCGUUCUCGAUUGUCGCAGCACCGUUCCUCUCUGGGCAGAGCUGCAUUGCCAUAGAAACCGGGGUUACAGCGGUUACUAGCAUGAAGAAAUGGCACAAGAACAAAAGUUAAAAAAAAAUAAAGUAAUUUGAAAAGUUUUGCAGUGCUUUUAUAACUUAAUGUAAUAUAAUGAAGAGCAGAAUGGGUCCACAGUGAUCAUGGCAUUUAGGGGAUGAGCAAAUCACCUUAACACAGUAGGCCGUGUGGUCUGCAGGAUGAAAUUCUAAAAUAAAGUGGCACCUCUUCCACUGCCAUAUCAUUGUUCAAUGAAAACCUGUUUCGUCUAUAGCCAACUGAAGACUUAUUUUCAUCUUAGACAUGGAGUAACCUUUCUAUAUUUUCCUGGUCUUCCCGUUGUCUAUGCCUUUUUGUUAUAAUGUGUCACCUUUUGACUCGAGAAACGUAGCUGCAUAAUGUGAGCUUCUGCUGAUCUGAUUUAAUCAAGAAACUGAAGCACGUAGAAGAAUGGCAGCUUACAUAUUGCAUCACUGGCACAGUUUUUCAAGCUAACCCUGGACCUCUGUGCGUGUUUUUUUUUUUCUUUGUUAUUCCAUGCUGCAGUCACUCUCGUCAAUAUUGGUGGUUAUUGCCAGCCCAAAUUUAUCAUAGUGGAUUGCCGAUUGUCUUCUAUAUAGUGUAUAAAGUGCACAGUUGAGUGGCAUUUUAAUGAAGUCUCAUCCCACACAAAUAUGCCUUUGUUAUAUCUGAUAAACAUAUUUUUAUGGGUUGGUCUCGGCAAGAAACAUUAUAGAUGUACUUUGUUGUAUGCUAUAAUUUGUUGUACCUACAGUUUAUAUGUUGAGAUUUCACUGUACCGCAGAAUAAUUUUUUAGUAGUCGACUGUGAUUGGUUUGAAAUUGUUCUCUUAGUAGGGCAGGGUCAUUUAGAUAAGACUCUAGUUAUUGAGGCGCGAUACCUUUUAAAAUCUUAGAUUUUGUUGUUUCUUUCAUGCAGCUUGUGAUGGUGAACAGAUAGUCUUUAUUCUCGCUGUUGCUGGCAUUUUCUGAAUGCAUGCUUUUGACUCAUGGAUGCAGCUGCUUCAGUGGUCUGUGAGUUAGUAGAGGAAUUGCCUCUUUAAAGGUUCACUAACAGCAGGAAACUUAUCAGGGUAGGCUCACAAGCUUUGUUCGUGGCUUAAAGGGACACUAAAGGCAAAUAUUAAGUCAAGCUAAAGUGAUAGAUUAGUGCUUGAGAAUCUCUAAGGUGUCAAUAUUAUCACGAACAGAGCCUUAAUAACCGAGAAACUGAGGUAAAUGCAAGACAUGAUUAGAGACUCCUCCGGGACAUUUAAGUGCAUGCCUGAUGAGGAAAGCAGUCCUCGGCUGAAUUCUGUUACCACUACUCAACCACUCGUUGCGAAAAGCAGCAUUGUAUUAUAAGACGAAAUAAAAUGCUACUUGUCCAGUUAUAUUUCAUUUUUAGAAAAAAGCAACUCAUUGAAAUUACCCUUGACAACGACGCGGGCAGUUGAAAGGCUUUGUUUUUGCACGACUCUGCGCCGUGCACGCUUUUGCGUUCAGCAGUUUCAUUAUCGCGUAGUGCUGCGCUAGUUUUGCUGGCUCGCGAAACUCUCGCAAUCUGCAAGUAGCAGAAAAUUAAACUUCCGUGUUAUGUUGCGGGAUGCUCGAACGCUCUACGCCACUUGACCAUAAAGCUGAUGGCAGCAAAAGGUGGUGGUGGCGUACGCAACGUCACCACUUCCCCGUUUGGGUGGCAGGAGAUUUGAAUUUCGAAAACGUUCUUCGGACCCUUCAGAUGCAUUUUUCUCGUAAACUAAGUCCUUUCUUGGCACGAAACGAGUGUUGCGAGGUUUCUGGAAUGGUAUUUAAACAGUACAUGUCGACUUAUUUGCUUUUAGUGUCCCUUAAUCUACAUUUCAAGGGCAGAAUGAAAUUUUUUUUAAAUUAAUGGACAAUUAUUUUUUAUGCUUGUAUUUCAUGUCUGUAUUUCCUGCCCAAGCACAAGAUUCAAUGCACUUUCGCGUAUAUUGGUACAUUUCAUAUUGGGAAAGGUGUCUACAGAUGUUGCUAGUUUGUGUUCUUACUUUCUGGAUACAAAUCAAUUCAUUCGGCUUUCGUUUAUACCCAGCUUCUUGAUUUGUGUUGUUUUCCUGAGGAUACAGGUGAUUCAGUGAAAAUUGCACGUUGAAAAUUUGCGAACUAGCGUAAUUUUUCCAGUUCAUCUACACUACCUUCACCUUUCGUACGCUUUGUUUGCACGGCAUGUCACGGUGUUUAAAUAAUCAGCAAAAUACUGCUGAUUAAUUUGUAGCACCUUUAUAUUACCAGUUUUGAGAUUGUGCCACCACAUGUGUCAACAUUUGGGUUAUUUUGGCCCACUACUGAAGGGGAGGCGUUUUCGGAAAAUAGUACUGCAUGUAUAAUCUUCGACUAUUUUGGGGAUGAAUAUGCAUAACGGUGCUAGCCUUGGGAUGCCUGCUAAACAGACCUGCCUUGAGGAUCGGCUGGCUAUAUUUUUGCCGUUGAAGUGGUGUGUGGCCUGAAGUUAACCAUCAAAAAAGCUUAUUAGAGGAAUUUUGAGGAUUUAUCAGAUUGCUCAUCGUGACAUGUCAUGCCGGUGUUGUUCAUCUGUCGAAAACAUUGCAGAUAGAGAAAGAAAAUCACUUUAUCUGAUAGGUGACAUUCAAAAUAAAAAAAAAGGAAAAGCAACUAAAUCACUUUAACUGACAGGUGAUGUUCAAAAUAAAAAGAAAGGAAAAUCGAUUAAAACACGGGUGGUAGAAGUGUUGUACCUUACGGAAUGUUAGCUUGACGUAAUGGUUUCCUUUGGUGUCGUCUUAACAUACCACCUCGAUGUUGUGGUGUCACUUUUGGUGUUGUGGGGUGAAACGUCAUUUCGUCGACACACAAGACCGUUAACUGUACCUGUGUGCUUGUAGAUAGCCUUUUCACAAUGCUUUGAGGCGAGCCGCAGUGGUUUCUAGGAAAAUUUUUGCAUGGAGCAGUAUUAUAUUGCCCCGUGUGGCGCGUUGUUGGCAUGUCUCGUUUCAGUCGUGGCAGUUCAACUGUAACAGAAAAUUUGUAAGGCAUGCUGUUAUUGAAUAAGGGCACUCUCCCAUGCACUUCAUUUCUAAACGAUGGCCGUUUUGUCGGAGGCUUCAUUCGGAGCCAAGUGAAAAGGCCGUCCAGUCGUGCAGGUGUGCUUGGGAUUCUUCCAAAUCAGUACUUGUGUUUUGCGUUGAGGGAACUGCUUUAGUGGCUUGAGUAGCAGCAGUAUGUGUAUUCAGAGGAGGUUCUCAGUGUUGAUGAUAUGAGCCCUGGCCACAUCGCACUGCAACUUUUUCAAGAUGGCAUUUCCUUUGCAAUAGGUACACUGCUGCCAUUCGUUAAUUGCACGUGGUUUUCUUGGAAUCUGUCACUUUGGUGUCACUCUGUCUUGCACGCACAGCCGCAAAUGUGCGGAGCAGUUUGCGGUACAGUUCUCUCGACUCUCACUGUUGCAAAAUGAACAGGCUGCACAGAAUGCUGUCAAAUAAGAAGCUGCUUAAUCCAGUCUGUUUCAUGUGCUGUUAUCAACUCACGGGCAUGUUGGAGUAGAGAGUUCUGACAUAAGGCUUCCACUGUGCGUUACUGGUGCUGUUUCGGCUACUUGCCAGGGCUGCUGGGUGCAGGAACAAGGCAACUUAUCUUGUGCACGUGUUCCGUUUCAGGCAUCAGUGACAGUCGCUUCAGUGACAGUAACGCAAAGAAUGUUUACAGCCGACACUGGCUUAUCUAGCCUUGCAGUGUGCUCGGGGAACUAUGUCACACGUGUGUACACCUCGUUGGUCACAUGAUCUUAAACAGCACAGAAAGCUGGCAGUAACAAUAACAGUAGCAGUAACAGUGGAGCACCAGCAGUAUGUUAAAACUCACUAAUGUGUGUUACAUUACAGUGAUGUGUAGUGAUUUGUAUUUGGAAGAUUGUGACUUUGAAUUUGCUGCUGCUGUUUAUCACUUGUUGCCGUCAAUCUGAUGCUUAAAAUGUUUUGUUAAAUUCUUUUAUAUCUUGUUAUAUAUAUUGUUGUUUCAUUCUUUUUGUUUUUUCUUUCUUUUUCUCCCCUCAAUUUAGAAAUAGCAAUGCACAUAUUCGCUCACACAAUGGUUGAAACGAACAUCACCGAUCUGUGUUUUUUCUAUCAUCCUCGGUUCCAACGUACCGGAGGUUUGUAAAGCAAACAGUUUGUUUGUGCACUGUGUACAAAGGAUUAACUGCGUGACUGCUUUGUUUGAUGUGAGUCUUGCUAUGCCCCUCAGGUGGCGACGAAGUAGAGUUCACAAAGUGCAGGUCAAGCAUUGGAUUCACACAGCUGUGUGCAUUCUUCUGAGCCACUGUGUCUGAUAUUUUCUGCAUACUGACAUUUCAUGCACCGGGCUAAACAUUUCUCCAGAGUGAUGAACGAGGAGAUGGUCGAACAAAAAAAAAAAAGGUUUUGUACAUUGUGGAAAUGCAGCCAAAGGACAGGACAGAUGGCAAUGCUUCUGUCUGAUUACUAUUAGUCGUUGAACUGCAGAAUGUCGUGUGGCCCCCUUUUCUCUUAAUCACCCACUGUCAUGUGGCAGAUAACACCGAGAGGUUAUGUGCAGCAUGGCCUCUGAGAUGGUAUCUUCACACACUCCCAAAGCGCACAGUAGCCAUUGUGACAGCCAUCGCAUUUCAGGAAGUCGCAAAGAUACAGUCGACGCACGUUACAGCGGACCCUGAUAAUCCGACAAAAAAUGUUCGUUUUAUCCGAAGUCCAUAAUAUCCGAGACGCCUCGCUUCUGAAACUUCGGUCGUGACGUCUAACAACGUUAUCACAAAAAGUGAGUGACGAACGUCCAAAGUAAAAAAAUUUUUUAAAAAAUGUUGCAGUUCCACCCGGGAGCCGAAGCAUUGAUUACGAUAGCAAAUUAGUAGACAGCUAUGCAAAGUAAGGAUAGUAGUUUUAUCGGCUGUAUAAAGUUGUAAACAUAUGCUUACUAACUGAAUUAACAAGCACGGUGUCACGCACGCACAGGUGGGCAUGAACACAUCAUACUCGAUGAGCGCGGACACUCGCUGUCAAAGAGCUUGUGUGAGCAAGCAUGGCAGCAUCCUCGAACGAAAUUACCUUUUCGCGGUCUCUCGCUUCCACUAAUCGUCGAAAGCACAGCACAUAUGAAGCUACUAGCACUUGGUGCACUUUGUCCACAUCGCAGAUCGCUUUCAAGAUAUGGCACCUGCACAGCCACGCUGUAAGCUGCAGCCGCCAGAGUAGAACUCCCUCUCCCUCGCCUCCUCUCCGUGCCUCAUGUGCAAAAGAGGACUGCGUGCCUUCCACCCCGCCUUCCUCCCACGCGCAAUAUUGAGUCGCAAUCGUUGGCUGACCCUCACAAGUCGGUUGUCAGCCCAUGUCGACAUGGCAAAAGUCCGUUUUAUACGCCUGAAUUUGACAAAAAUUGCCACUAAUUUGGUCCACUGUAGCCGAUAGUCCAUAGCAGCGCAGUCCGUUAAAAGUGAACUUCGUUGCAUGAACAUAAGUAGAGCAAACUAAGGUUGAAAUAUGGUCCAUUAUAUCCGAAAGUCCGUUGUACGUAGGUCCGUUGUAACAAGCAUAGACUGUAGAUCACUUGCCUAGCACUUGCCACCAUUAGAGACCAUGCCUUGCCAUCUCGUCGUCUGCUGUGCAAAAGUGUGCCCAGAAGGUGUGGCAGACAGCAUAAAUGAGUCAUUUUUUUGCCACACUUCAAGGCAGUCUGCGUAUCAAUUGCAACAUGGGUACCUUUAUAAAACUACAAUGUAAGCACUAUGCCUCUGCGAGACCAUGCUGAGAACAGCAACUUGCUUACCCAGCAGUGUGCUUACCUUAUGCCCCACAUUGCAUCACUGUCUUCAGCUUGGUCACUGUCUUCAGCUUGGCUUCCUUACUGACCUCUCUGCAUGCUGUUUUUUACAAGACAGGACUAAACAUGCUGAAAUCAUGGGCCUGUGCUCAUCACUGCGUGAACAAGCAGCUUCAGUUUUACAUCCCUUCUGCAAUUUCGUUAUAGCAUGCUUAAAAGCAUUCAGUGGCAUCGUUUAAAACUGGCAUUAUUGCCUCUCAUUUAGUAGCCAUUUAGGACUUUGGCUUCAUGUAGUGGGGACAUUCUGUGGGCAUUUAUUGUGUUCAGUUUCGUGUUGGGAGUUACAUGAUUUCUCCAAAGCUAAGGGAGAUAAUGCCUUACUUCAAGGCACAUGUUUGAGCUAGAACACAUUGAGACAUAUUGUGUAAUGCUGCCUGCCCAUUGUGUUAGCCAAGGGUAACAUAUUUUGCUCGAACUUGAGAUCCUGCAGUUCUGCACUGAAAUUGUUAACACCGGGAUUGCAAAACUGGGUAAAAUAUUGCAUAGGCACUAUUGCAAAGUGCCUUUUCACCAGGUAAUGCCCCUGUCUCAGUUUAAUGAGGGCGCCAGCACAGCAUAGGGCUGUAGUUUUGGGCCUCAGUGGCUUGCAUUUAGACGCAAGCUUUUGCCGGUUGACUUUUGGGUCGGUCAGUGCUGUGCUUCUAAAGUAAGAUAUGGAGUUGCAGUUGAAUUGUGGUUGAAAGUUUUGGAAAGUGCGUGCAGCUUAGUGUAGUGGUUUUGACAAAUCAGUUCUGCGAAAGCCUGCAAGGUGGAGGAAAGUACAUGAAAGGGGAAAAGUUACAUCCUCCCAAAUUGUAGCACAAAGCUGCAAAGGAAACCCGUGUGCGUUUCUUCAAAAAAAAUUUCUCAGUUGAACAAAAAUUAAUUCUGGUCCAGGAUUCAAACCCAGAACCAACGCCUCUCCGUGGCAAUUUCCUUUGUAGCUGCAUGCUGAAAAUUUGGGUAUAUGUCUAUUUUUCCCUUAGGUGUAGUGGUUUACAUGCCUAAAUAUUCAUUUGACUGCAGUUGUGCGAUCAGCUUGCGAAGAAGAAACUGCCCCUCACGACUCCAUGUCACACAGAGCUACAUUCUUGCAAUACAGCAGUGUUAAGUACGGCUAACGACAGUGGUGGCCUCUGUCCUGGUUUUUUGGCAGCUUUUCAUUCAUAUUGUGCUCAGCUUGUUUUCUCCAUGCCAUAGAAUCUACACUUGCCCCCGUUGCAACAGGCGAUUUGUUGCUGCCGCAGUUAUGUUGUAGCUUGGCGUGAUCAGAUUUUCUUGCACGUUUAUAAUUUGGCACCAGUCACCUUGUAAGUCUGGAUGGUUCUUUCAGAAGUCCUGUGCAUGUGGAAAGGUGGCUGUGAGACACUGUGUACAUAAGAGUGGUGCAAGUGAUUUGCAACCUUUGCUUUCAAGCAUCUUUCUGUCUUGGUUGCCGAUUAGUAGUGAUACUGAUUGGACUUAUCGACAGUGCAGUGUCAACUGAACAAUUCUGAUUGCCCGGGGCACUCUCUGCAGAAUAUAUAUAUAUAUAUAUGUAUGGGCAUUUUGUAAAACAGUAAACAGUGGCUCUUUGCAUGUCGAGAGUGGCUGUACUGUUGGUCUGUUUCCACUUAUAUGGUCGGUUGCAGAUUGUUUUUAUUUGCCAUGUGUUCACAGUUGACUGUGUGUCGAAAUUGCAUCAGCUGCUAUGCAAUGUUGAUUUUUUCUGCUAGAUAGCUACACCGCAACAGUGCAUCGAACUGGCCAGAAGGCAUUGCCUGCCCUUGGCGAUGUUAUUGAUUUUAUUCUCAUGAAUUUUUAUGCAAGCACAGCUUUAUUUCUCGUGAUUGCUGCAUUUGCUCACAGUAUUAGCCUAUUUUGCACUGCCGCAUUUGUUUAGGAAGUGCUUUUCAUAAACAUCCCACUAGCGGUUUUAACGUUGAUUUGCCAUGCCUGACCUUGGCUAUGCUGUCCGUGGUGCUCGUUUUUUGUUCUAGAUGAACGACAGUCGAGAAUGACUUGCCUCACCUCUUUUGCGCCACCUGUGGGCAGCGUCGAAGGUUCCGAGCAACCUCGUCUUUAUCUCCUUUUGCCAACCUUGUUCUGCAUUUUAGCCUUGCAGAGGCGUCUAUGUCACACCAUGGUCAAGAGUGUAUUUGUACAAGUGACUACUGAUGUUAACUUUUUUUAACCAUGCUGUACUUUUUUUUUUUUUGUAGCCAGUAGUGGUCAGGGGAAAUAAAGCAUGUCACCACAUAGUCCCA